AUGACUAACUGCAACACCACAGGCGCUUCUAGACGCAUGUCUCGAGCCAGUUCGCCCACUCUAUCCGACGUGUCCGUAUUCUCAGUAUUCUCGAGAUCUCCAAGUCCAGUGCCCGACUAUGAGACGCUCCUUCUUCGACCGCAGCAUGCGAAGGUCGUUGGUGGUUUCGGGGUAGCUUCUGAGACACUCCGGGGUACAGAUGGACGCUCUGCCUCGCGCAUUCCUAAGAGAGCCCGUUCUCCGGUAGCAGAGAUGUCGCCCAAGAAGCUGCGAAUUGGUCCGCCGCACCAUUCUUACAGUCCACAGAGCCCGAAGAGCCCGAAGAGCCCAAGAACUCCUGGGAACCGUCUCGCAGGAGAAGAUGGCUAUGGUACGCUGGAGGUGCUGCCAAAAGAGAUACGUCAAGCGAUCUAUGGUCAUGCAUUUGAUAUCGACCUUCCAGUUACAGUCAGGAAUUGCUGCGGACUUGGCACAACCAAGCGGGAGCAGGACGCUUGCAAGAAACACGGUCUUGGAACCAUUCCGCGAACUGGCAGAUUCAACAUCCUACAGGUGUCGAAUGCGAUCAAAGAGGAGGCGUCGUGGGUGCUCUUCAAUCAAAGCUCCAUCCUCAUCAACGCGAACGAUUCAAUCACACCGUACCUAGCCGGCUAUCGUUCACCAAGCCUUCUUCAGCUAUCGACCUCCAUGCAGCACGAUCAGCGCAUAGUGGAAAUGUGGAUGUCAGUCACAAAGUUCAAAUUCGUCCACAUCCAGAUCCUAGAGAAGCAGCUGAGGUGGGAAGACCCGGGGCACCCUCCUUCAUCGCUGACCCCCCACUUCGUCACGAUCAACCUUAUCACCCUAUUCAGCGAGAUAUUCCCCUUCAACACUGGAGAUAUAGCAUUGACUAAACGCGCUGAAGAAAUCUACCGGAGGCGCGGCACCGUUCGCCAUGUGAGUAUGACGGAUUGGAAGAAGAUGAGGUCGGACAGCAUCUUCCAUCUGAAGCGCUUGGUGGCGACUGUGGGCAAGUACGGCGGCCUGCCGCGAUGGGUGUUCCUUGCGCACACGUAUCUCGACGAGGAAGAUGAGCACAGGGGCGGCGCGGCGCAGUUGCACGCUUUCCAGCGUGACUGCGCGGAGAACGGGCUGGCGUUUGAGAGCAGUGGUUGA